AUGAACACGCAAUUAGUUGAAUAUUCAUCUAGUGAUGAAGAAAAAACUGAAAAACUGGAGCUGCCUACAAUACUUCAAGAUUUAAAUUCUGAUUCCUUCCGUUUUUUUGUUCGUGAAGAUGAUCCUUCGAAGCAUGAUUUUCGUAGUAGAACUUUUCCUCAUGAACCUGGGAGUUGGGCCACUUCCGUUUAUAUUGCAUGUUCUUAUUUGCAUUCUAGAAUACUUGAGGCGAUCAAAGACCCCGUAAUUCAAUCAAACCCUGUAAUGGGUGAUUGUCAUACUGUGGAUUCUCCUCACAUAAGUUUGUCGAAGACAUGGCCUAUUUAUUUUCAUUGGAUUGAGAAUCUCGUUUGUAAUCUUCGUUCUGCUGUAAGCUCUUUCGGAAAGUUUUGGAUUGCGCUUGAUGGCGUAGAAGUUCUUGUAAAUGAAGAAAACACACGAUCAUUUUUCACUUUAGUAACUUCUGAAGAGUCACGCAUAGCACUGCUCUCUCUACUCAAUUUUGUUGAUUCAUGUGUUACUGCGUUUAGAGGACCAAAGUAUUAUGAAAAUCCUAAAUUUCAUAUGAGUUUUUUGUGGUGUAAUGGGGAUGUUCGUAAGAAGUAUUCAACAGAAACACUAAACAAUUUUUUGGUAAGACAACAUUUCUCCAUGAAUUAUCUAUACAGAUGGACUUGCGAAAAGCAAUAUUUGUAG